GCGCUCAGUCAAUCCUUUAUUGAGAUCUAGAUUGCCGAGGCGAACCGCGCGCUUUUGUUUUUGAAAUUCCACCGGAGCGAUCACAAACCACUCGUUAUUUUUCAAAACUCAUCGCUCCGAAGGAAUCAAAAAGUGGAUUUUGUAAUCUUGUUUCGUUACAUGCGAAAUCAACGAGAACUAUGACGAGUUGACGUAAACUCAGAAACGAUGAAGAAGCUACUAGUGUUUGUGUUUUGUUUAUUGGUGUGGAGGACGAAUUGUUUGAAUAAUAUAGACAGUGAGGUGGAGGCGCAGUUGUACCAGCGGCUGCAGAUUAUGGAAGAAAGCUUUGAGCAAUUCCUGUCAAGAAGCAUGCAAUGGCACAACAGACCGCCUCAUCUCCAAAGAAUUGUACUGCAUAAUGGGAUGCAACGACGCUAUCACUAAAUAUUUCUCCAAAUUGAGAACCUACCUCGGUGUCCCGCCUCCUCCUGCUCUGCUCGCCGAUUCUCUGAACGCAGAUUCGCUGAAAUUGGAGUGGAACUUCCCCAAGGCGAAGAUGUCUGGUUUGAGCUGUCACGUCCAGUGGAGGUACGAGGAGUUUUCGACAACUUGGCAAUACUGCAGAAACGCUUCUUGGAACCAGGAGAAUACGGUGUUCUACAUCUACGAUCUUCAACCCUAUACUAAAUACAGGUUCCGAAUAGCACUAAUACUGGGAUCAGCAGGCGGCCACCCUUACGGCGAACCCAUCGUUUCGACCGAGAGCGUCGUCAUCAGCACCCUCGCCAGUGGCGUGCCUCUGUCUCCGCCGCAGAAUGUACGCGUCACUCCGGUGGACUCGUCAAGUAUAAGCAUCAGCUGGGAACCAGGCCCAUUCCCGCACGGCCCUCUCCUAUCCUAUGUUCUCAAUAUUACCGACAACCGCCAUUCAGAAGUCAAGGAUAUUCCUCCAGAAAAUUCAUUUGUAAUGGUUCGUGAUGUGAAACCUUCGAGAAAUUAUACGAUCGAAAUUAAGAUGAGGAACAAAAGGGGACCCGGACCAGCUGCUAUCGUUUCGGUUUUGACCCCUGCGGAACGCCAGAUGAAUAAUGUCCUGCAGCCACCACUGAUUUUGGGUACGAACUGCAGUAUUUUUGAGCUCAAUAAUAUAUUGGGCGAGCCCAAUAUUCUGUACAGGAGUGAGGUGGAGUUGAAAGGUAUAGCAUAUCACUUCAAGAAAAAACUCUUCUUCGUCACCGACAGUGAUGGUUUUGUCUCUAGGCUUUCACUGGCACCGGGGGGUUUCACGAAAACUCGUAUACUGGAACCGCAGAAUUUGGAUUUCAAACCGUUAGACAUCACAGUGGAUUGGCUGAACAACCAGUUGUAUAUUUUGGGUGAGGUGAAAUUUCAAAUCUCGAAAUACAUUAUCAAAAGAUGCAAUUUCGACGGUAGUGGAGUGACAGUAUCGUACGCAGGCCUCACAAAGAAACCUUCUUCUCUUGAAAUCGAUCCACUGAAUGGCUAUCUUUUCUGGACCAUUCAAGACUACAACAAAGGAGGACUCUUUCGUCUAGAUAUAAAUGAUAUUAGCAACGGGAUAAAGCACGAAGUUAAAAUCAACAAAAUCCUGAAUGAGACUGAGUUAGGAGCUUUCACUUUCGAAUAUCACAACUUCAACAUUUUAAUAUCAUAUCAAAGACUCAACACCAUCAUGUCGGUAACGUUAGACGGCAAAGAAGUUAAAAACAUCAGAACAUCAGUGACGACUCCAAAGCUCAAGAAGGUUAUUUCACUAGCAAUGGCCAGCAAGAAAUUUUAUUGGACAGACGGUGUGGAUGUUUUCAAUGAGGAGUACCACGCGGCCAGCCGAAGCUAUUUCCACAACACCAUACCGCAACAGACUAGCGAAUACUACAAGAAAGUCUUCAUCAAUUUGCAGAGUUCCCAGCCUUGGCCAACUCCAAUCAAUCCGCCUACGAACGUGCAAGCUAUANUAUCUGGUCUAAUAAUCGUCACGACCACAAACUCCACAGUGAAGUACUCGAGGAAAGUGACCCCCUUCACCCCUCUGAACGUCACCAUCAGAGCGUUCACAUACUGGUCGUCGGCUCCUCCAGUUCGUUCCGAAAUAUUUUCCCCGCCGUCAACCCCUUCGGCACCACGGAACCCGAGAAGCUUCGUCGAGUACCUUCCCCAUUCCUCCACGUACCCCCGUUAUGCCACGAUUACGAUUAGGUGGGAUCCGCCCCUGUAUCCCAACGGAGUGCUCCACGGUUUCAAACUGAGGUGUUGGUACGUUGAUGAAAAGGACGAGAAUAUUUGCGACAACGCAUUCACGCGAGGGAAUGAGACGGAGUAUAAGUUGGAAGUGAUGGAGAGUGACAGCUUGUAUCACUUUGAGGUCCGGGCAUUCACGAAAAUAGGAUUGGGUGCCUCAUCCCCCCCUCUUUCGGUGGACACAGCAGUUGAACACCCCGUCCCUACCAUAUUAGCAUCUAAUCACAAUUCAAUUUACAUUUACGAUGUAGAUUAUAAACGAGAAUACCUACUGGUCGAUGGUAUUACCGAACCAAGGGGCGUAGCUUACCUAAUGAAAGAAAAAAAGGUAUUCUGGAUUAACACAAAAAGAGAAGUAUACACGUUUGAUGUCACAACCAUGGUCCCAUCAAAGAUUGCUGAAACUACGAGUGACGCCAGAGGGUUAACUAUUAACUGGCUCGAGAGGAGUCUGUAUUACCUACAGGACGUUACUCAAAACACGACCGAAGUAUAUAAAGUCGAUUUGAACGUGGAGCUAGGAAAAUCAGUGAAAAUUCUGCAAGCUGACGCUCGAAUAACCGAGAUAGAUGUCUCCCCAUUUUCGAAAUCUCUAUUCUGGAUCCAAACCAAGGACAACUUAGAUUUCUCAGCGAUGUUGAGCGACGACACUGGAUCGAAUAUUAGACAGUUUUCCACCAACUCCAAUUCUCCCUCGUGCAACUGUCCUUCAAUGGCGGAAUUUGGCCCGACGUUUUGCGUAGACAGUUCCAAUAGAACUCUGAGACCUAAAGUUGUUUUCUACGAGCGGCAAUCUCGAAGGAUCUUGAGAGCUGAUGGUAGCUUUUGUGAUUGCGAAGAGAUCGCUGGAGGUGACACUCUCAAUGGCGCUGUUGGUGGUUUCUCUUCGGAACAUUUGCGAGCUGAUUUUGGGACGAUAUAUUGGACCGAGCAGAAAUCCUUUCAUGCUUUGGAAUGGAUGAGCCGGGUGUUAUUGACUGAGCAGAUUGAAAUGAGCGAUUUCAUCAUAUACGGCCAGCACAUGCAACCAUUUCCUCAGGACAAUUGCCUGUCACCAAAACAACAGCAAAACCUCACAGUCUCCCUCAAAGCUAGAACAUCUAACUCGCUGAUUUUGCUCAUGCCGAAACCUUCGAUCGAUGAAGAGUGUUCGAACAUAUCAAUGGCGACAAUAGCAUACACUAUAUACUAUAGCAUAUAUGACGAAGGGUUCGACUGUUUCGACAGCCACAACUGCACGGUUUUGAUCACUACAAAUACCACUCAAGAGAUCACCAAUUUGAAACCCUUUUCGAAUUAUUUGAUCUCCGUGUCAGCGAGUAAUUAUUUCACAAUGAGGGACAGUAUUACAAUCGGCCCUUCUACUAUGUUCCAGACUGCUCCAGGAGUACCGUCGAAACCGAGGAACGUAUCCGCCAUAGUCCUCAGUCCUAACCUCGCACGGGUCGUAUGGUCACCUCCAGAAGAACUGAACGCGGCAGUUGUCCACUACGAGGUCCAUUGGCAGACAGAAACCACACCCUCCGGCGUCAGACAGAAGGGGGAACUCAGGGUGAACGACUCCGAAACGCUGACCACCUUCUUGACCAAGCUGACUCCCAACGAGACGUACACCGUUUGGGUGAGGGUGUACAGUGAGAACAACGACACCCCAAAUGACAGCGACAGGGUGAAAAUAACGACAUAUCCGGAGCCGCCCAUUCUGAAGCUGGUGAAAAAAACCGCUUACAAUCUGGAAAUUUCUUGGGAACCCAUCGAAUAUAUAGAAAAAUAUGUGGUAGUGUACGCCCCGAUUACUACCGAAGACUGGCGGGAAAUCGAAAAGAUGAAGGAGGCUAACAAAAGCGUGGUUAUGGUGGUUGAAAAUCUCAAGCCGAGUAUGACGUACAAGUUCAGGAUGAAACUGUUGUACGAGGGGAACGAAGAGAUGUACGUCUGGCCUGGAGAUGCUCGGUUUACAUUCGAGACGCUCGGUGACGUUCCAAGUCCCCCAGGCAUGCCUCUCAUCCAAUACAUCACACCAAAUAUCUACAAAGUUAUUUGGGAGGCAUCCAGAGAUAACGGCGCUCCUGUAGAAAUGUACAAACUAGAAGGAAAAAUUUUGAGGUUUUACAGAACGAAAAGAAGCACCAACAGAACGGUUCCGUUCUACAAUACUUCGCCAUCUGUGGAGCUUGAGGAUCCCGAUGAGUGGAGAGUUUUUUACAACGGAACAAAUACUUCCUGGAUAAUCAGCGGAUUAGACGAGAAACACAAAUAUGCCUUCCGAGUAUCGGCUUAUAAUUCAUACGGAUGGAGCAAUACGAGUGAAGAGAGCAACGAGUUCGAUCCGAUGGCUGCCAGGAUGGCCGAAAAGCAGAACCCUAUGAAGCUCAUCCUCAUAGCGACUUUGGUCCCGAUUUCCAUAUGCGUUAUAUUCAUUCUGGUAUUCGUCUUCCUUAGUUGCUCGGGAAAACGGAACAAGAAAAAGAAACUGCAGCAAGUGAUACCCACGCUGCCCAGGAUGUCUGAUGUGGAGUUAGCUACCUUGAGGGAGUUACCCAGGAGGGGAAUUCAUAACACGAACAUCCUCUAUGCAUCCAUACAACCUACGCUGGAGGAACUGAGUUUGUUACCACAAAUAAGAAGGGAUCAAAUCACUCUGACGAAAUUCCUUGGUAGCGGAGCUUUUGGAGAAGUUUUCGAAGGAAAAUCUAAAGGAAUCGACAACAGCAAUGCCGAAACCAAAGUUGCUGUGAAGACACUGAAGAAAGGUGCUUCAGAACAGGAGAAGAGCGAUUUCCUACAAGAAGCGCAAUUGAUGAGUCAUUUCAAGCAUGAGCAUAUUCUUCAGCUCUUAGGAGUUUGCCUUGAUAACGAUCCACAUUUUAUAAUUAUGGAGCUCAUGGAAGGUGGAGACUUGCUCACUUAUUUGAGAGAAUCGAGGAAUCCACUGACACAAACUCCAUCACUUACAUUGAUCGAGCUUCUGAAGAUGUGCGUCGAUGUUUCGAAAGGUUGCAGAUACUUGGAGGAAAUGCACUUCGUCCAUCGAGAUUUGGCGUGUCGCAACUGCCUCGUUUCUUCGUGCGACGCUGAUUCAAGGAUUGUUAAGAUCGGAGAUUUCGGUCUCGCCAGAGACAUCUACAAGAAUGACUACUACAGGAAGGAAGGAGAGGGUCUUCUGCCUGUUAGAUGGAUGGCUCCGGAAUCGUUAGUGGACGGUGUUUUCACUAGCCAGUCAGAUGUAUGGGCAUUUGGGGUGCUUCUUUGGGAAAUAAUGACUCUGGGUCAACAGCCCUAUCCAGCCAGGGCUAAUCUGGAGGUUUUGCAUUAUGUAAGAAGAGGUGGAAGGCUAGGGAAGCCAACCGACUGUCCUGAAGAACUCCACGAACUGAUGUUGAAGUGUUGGGAGUUUGAACCAGAAAGUAGGCCCACUUUCAAGUACUGUUUCGAGGUACUAGAAGAGUUACAUCGAAGAACGCUGAGGAAUCCAACUACAGGAGCUCAUGAGGGACAAUAUAUCAGCACUGUACCAGAUCUGUUUGCUGGGAUAUCGAAUGAAGCUUAUUUUCGGGAUGAAAAUCAUAACGAUUCAGGUAACUCUUGGAAGAGCGACAACGAAGACGAUGCCACCAAAGAAAAGACGCCAUUUUUGAAAGAGGAAAAUUCACCUGCUGAGGAAGUUUCCACUUAUCUGGAAUUGAUAAAUGAUCCUGAGCCGGUUUUGGAGAACGAUGGUUACGAGGUACCAAAUCAGAUGAUGAAGAAAGUCGAAGCAAAUGGCGGUUUGUUCCAGAAUGGGGAAGAAAAGGGGAUCGUUCCGGUCGGUGGGAACAAAAACUGAGGACUUCCGAAUUUCAAGUUCCUUAUUCAUCUAUUUCUCGUGUUAGGUCGAGAACUUGCCAGGUUUGCUUUUAUCCUAGUACUUAGAAUAGUAACAGCAAACCAUGUAACCUAAGAAUUAGGAAUUGCGUAGUAGCCAUGUUCGAAAAGUACAAACAUAACUAGUGUAUUUGACAUGGUGUGUGUCGGAAGAUACCUCUUGACGUUCUGAAAAUCAAUGAAAGAUGAGAUUAAGCCAGACCUGUGUGGAAUAUUUUUGUAUGUGAUGGAUCGAAAUGAAAACCACGUAAAUAGAUUUUUUGAUCUGUCAAUUCAAACUUAUAGUGGGAAACCUUUGAUAUUUCAAACAGGAAGUGUGGUUACAUAAUUUUUUCCAAAGGCAUAAUUUUUCUCCAACGAUUUAAAAUAACAAAACCAACUCUCUAUGUAGGGAUUCAAUGAUAAGAAAUUACUAAUUAUUGAACAUUGAUUCAAUAAUGACCGUGCUAAGAAGUGGUUGAGGUUUCUGCUUUCAAGUACGUAUAAUACGUAUAAUUUGGAGCAAAAAGAUGAUUCAAGUGAUUGUACAAAACGUAUAUAUAUAAUUUUUUUAAUCGAGAGAAUAUCUCCUAGGAAAAUAUUUCAUACCUAGUGAAACAACAAUGGUGGAUACAGAUCGGUAUUAGGGGGACUGACAAGUCAUAGAUCAGGAAAGACUAUUAGAUAGAAGAUAGAUUGUAUCCCAAAAGAAGGCAGUUUUUAAUUGAACCAGGUUCCAAAUACCAUAUUCCAUUUUUGUACGUCAAUUUUUCUAGUUGUGUAAAUCAAAUUCAUGUGUGACAGUCAAAAAUGAUAAUACAUUCUCAAAAUUCUCUCGCGACCUGGUAAGAUAUAGGUAUAACUGCAAAAUAUUGAUCUAUGACUGGUUUUAUCAAAAAAAAAGUAUGACCGGCGCGGCGGUAAUCGCAUAGUGUACCUUUUCAUAUUGACUGUAACUGCCAUUGUGAAUAUAUUUAUUGUAAAUAUUUGCUGUAAAUAUCAAGUUUUAUGUGAUGUAGAUUGUAAGUUAACAUAAGAACCAGAUAAGUAUGUAAUAAAACGUUCAAACUGAA